UUCCUUGGAAUACCCUUUGCUAAACCUCCUGUUGGUCUCCUACGGUUUGAACCACCACAAGAGAUCCAACCGAAAAUGGAGGACAUUGAUGCACACGAAUUCAAACCAUCAUGUUUGCAAGAUAAAGGCGCCUUUCUGAAUAGUUUCCUCCCCAUUUCACGAACAACGUCCGAAGACUGCUUAUAUCUCAACAUAUACGUUCCUAUUCCGGAAACAGAAACGACCACCGGUCAAAAAGUAAUGAUUUGGAUUCAUGGUGGUGGUUUUCAAUAUGGAUCUGGAAACGUCUUUGAUGGAUUCAGAAUGGCAACUGAGAGCAAUGCGAUUGUGGUUACCAUCAAUUAUAGAUUAGGAGUCUUUGGAUUUUUCAGCGGUUCCUCAACUGCUAGGAACUUUGGAUUAUUAGACCAGAACAUGGCUCUGAAGUGGGUUCAUAAAUACAUUCAUUAUUUCGGCGGUGACCCUGAAAAGGUCACGUUAAUUGGUGAGGAUUCGGGAGGCUCGUCUGUGUGUUUACAUAUAAUUAGUCCAUUAUCACAAGGAUUAUUUUCAAGUGCUAUUUCUCACGGAGGU